UAUAUAUUGCCAGAGCACCCACAACGAUGUCUUCGUCCGAGAAUUUCCAACCUCUUCGCCGUCCCCCUUCCACCCUUACUUCCGCAUCCUAUCCUCCCGUAUUCUCCCAUCCUCCACCGCCACCCGCCCGCGAGUAUUCUUUACCCUCCGCUGCUGCCCCUGGCACUCGCCCCUCGAUGAUCAGCGCCGCCAGCACCCCGCUGCGACCGGGCGAGAAUCGGCGCGGAGUGCGUUCCCCAACAGUCAACCGCAAUUACAACCAGCCCCGCGGCCGUCUGACGUUCAACGCGGAGAGUGUGGAGAAUGGGACGGACGAGCAGCGGAAAACGGCACAGGAGACCCCCGCCAGUGAGGCAGGGGCGGGGAGACUGCGCGAGACGCUGCGCAGAAAUCAGAAAUGGAAAGCCCGAGCGAGUGUUGGCCACGUUUCGCAGGCUGGAUGGGGCGCCCGUUGGCGAGGCGAAGAGCGGCGACGAGAAUCUGCGAGGGGGAAAUGUCGAUUCCACUACGGAGAAACGAAGACUGGAUUCCAGCGGCGAAAUGAGCCUUAAUUUCUCCUUAUCGCCUGGAAAAACCACCGGUUUAAUUAAGUUGGAGAAGGAGAUCACUCGUGUGACUUUCGAGCGCGCUUUAUUGAAGGAAGAAGUCAGCUUGGAACGAUCGCGGACGGAGGAGAAACUGCGCAUGCACAAGCAAGACGAAGACGCUGCCAUGGCCAAAGCCGGGGAAAUGUGGUCGCAGGCGGAGAAGAUUCUGCAGGAGAACGACCGGCUGCGCGAGAAGAUGGACAAGGCGGAAACGGAGGGAAUCGCCAUGCGGAAGCAGUACGAAGAGCAGAUUGCCCACAUCAAAAUGGAGCAUAUGACGCGCACGCAGCAGCUGGACCGAGAUCUGCGCGAAGCGCGCAGUGAGAAUCUGCUGCUCAACGAGCGCUUCAAGACGUACGCGAUACUUUUAAACGGAUCAAAAAAACCAUCGACCAGUCGUCGAGCCGCCGCGGUGAUCCGUCCUUCAUGGCGAAACUACGCGAUCUGGAAGAGCGGGCCACACGCAGCCAGACCCUGGCCGAUAACUUCGAGCAGAUGUACAACCGGACAUCCUCUUCGGAAUCCCAAUUAAAGACCACCUUGGAGGACCUCCAGCGCCGCUAUGAAGCGGAGACGGUGCGGGCGCAUGAACAGCUGCAGAAGCUGACGGAGGAGAAUGAGGAACUGCGGACGGUCAAGGAGGAGCUGGAGGAGCGGCUGGGCCAGUGGACG